ACGCGGGCGGGCGCAGGACCCCGGCGCUGCCCGUCCCGGCGGGGUCCCCCGAGCUCCGCGGCGCCCGCUCGGGCUGCCCCCCUCCUGGAGAGGGCUGCCCCGGCGGGAGGGCGCGCAGACCACAGCCUCGGUGCCCCUCUGUGUCUCGGUUCCUCUUUCCUCCCCAAGUAAGGGAAUAAGCCCCGAGGAAGGAGCGCCCCGGGGAACCGCGCAACCAAGUGUUGCAGGGCGAGGAGGAGCACGGAUUUCCGGCUACUGUGACUACGGAUAGAAGCAUGCUGUUGGAGUAAUAGCACAGGCCUUCUCUCAUCUGCUGAGAGGUGCCCGUUACCGCCAUAGACACGUGGGUCCUCAAAGUCUCCCAAAGGGCCUGUCCAUCACGUACCUGCAAUGAGCCAGGCCCUGGGCUGGGCCUCAGCUUCAUCCUGGUGAACAAAACUCCAUCUCUGGCCUCCAGCACUCACACCCAGCUUAAAGAUGAGUGAUGAACGGUGGGUCUCCCUUACUCCAGAAGAAUUUGACCAACUCCAGAAAUAUUCAGAAUAUUCUUCCAAGAAGAUAAAGGAUGUCUUGGCUGAGUUUAAUGAGGGUGGGAGCCUCAAACAAUAUGACCCACAUGAGCCAAUUAGCUAUGAUGUCUUUAAGCUGUUCAUGAGGGCUUACCUGGAGGUGGACCUUCCUCAGCCACUGAGCACGCACCUCUUCCUGGCCUUCAGCCAGAAGCCCAGACAGGAGACCCCCGACCACCCAAUGGAGGGGGCCAGCAAUGAGGCCAGUGGCCCAGAUACCAACAUACAGAAUGUGGAUAAUGCUGCCAAAGCAGAUGAGGCCUGUGCCCCUGAUACAGAAUCAAAGAUCACUGAGAAGCAAGUGCCAGCUAAAGACCAAGUGGCUGCAACCCUCCUAGGAAACCCUGUUGCUCCAUCUCCAGGCUCAGAAUCCCCAAUAGUGUACCUGAAGGAUGUCGUGUGUUACCUGUCCCUACUGGAGACUGGGAGACCGCAGGAUAAGCUGGAAUUCAUGUUUCGUCUCUAUGAUUCGGAUGAGAACGGUCUUCUGGACCAAGCGGAGAUGGAUCGUAUUGUCAACCAGAUGCUUCAUAUCGCCCAGUAUCUGGAAUGGGAUCCCACGGAACUAAGGCCUAUACUGAAGGAGAUGUUACAAGGGAUGGACUAUGACCGGGACGGCUUUGUGUCGCUAGAGGAAUGGGUCCAUGGAGGGAUGACCACCAUCCCACUGCUGGUCCUGCUGGGCAUGGAUGACUCUGGCUCCAAGGGGGAUGGGAGGCACGCCUGGACCAUGAAGCAUUUCAAGAAGCCUACCUACUGCAACUUCUGCCACGUUAUGCUGAUGGGUGUUCGGAAGCAAGGCCUGUGCUGCGUUUACUGCAAAUAUACUGUCCAUGAACGCUGUGUAUCCAAAAACAUUCCUGGAUGUGUCAAAACAUGCUCAAAAACCAAAAGGGGCGGUGAGGUGAUGCAGCACGCGUGGGUAGAAGGGAACUCUUCCGUCAAGUGUGACCGGUGCCACAAAAGUAUCAAGUGCUACCAGAGCGUCACCGCGCGGCACUGCGUGUGGUGCCGGAUGACGUUUCACCGCAAAUGUGAAUUAUCAACAUUGUGUGAUGGUGGGGAACUGAGAGAUCAUAUUUUGCUGCCUACUUCAAUAUGCCCUGUGACCAGGGACAGGCAAGGUGGAAAGUCUGAUGGCAGCACAUCAGCCAAGGGUGAACUUGUAAUGCAGUAUAAGAUCAUCCCCACCCCGGGUACCCACCCCCUGCUGGUCUUGGUGAACCCCAAGAGUGGAGGGAGACAAGGAGAAAGAAUUCUUCGGAAAUUCCACUAUCUGCUCAACCCCAAACAAGUUUUCAACCUGGACAAUGGGGGUCCUACUCCAGGAUUGAACUUUUUCCGUGAUACUCCAGACUUCCGUGUUUUAGCCUGCGGAGGAGAUGGGACAGUUGGCUGGAUUUUGGAUUGCAUUGAUAAGGCCAACUUUGCAAAGCAUCCGCCAGUGGCUGUCCUGCCUCUCGGAACAGGAAAUGACCUGGCCCGCUGUCUCCGCUGGGGAGGAGGUUAUGAAGGGGGCAGCUUGACAAAAAUCCUGAAGGACAUCGAACAGAGCCCCUUGGUGAUGCUAGACCGCUGGCAUCUGGAAGUCAUCCCUAGAGAGGAGGUGGAGAAUGGGGACCAGGUCCCGUACAACAUCAUGAACAACUAUUUCUCCAUUGGUGUGGAUGCUUCCAUCGCACACAGAUUCCACGUGAUGAGAGAGAAACACCCUGAAAAAUUCAACAGCAGGAUGAAAAAUAAACUGUGGUAUUUUGAAUUUGGCACCUCGGAGACCUUUGCAGCUACCUGCAAGAAGCUCCAUGACCACAUAGAGUUGGAGUGUGAUGGGGUCGAGGUAGACCUGAGCAACAUCUUCCUGGAGGGCAUUGCCAUUCUCAACAUCCCCAGCAUGUAUGGUGGCACCAAUCUCUGGGGAGAGACCAAGAAGAGCCGGGCUGUGAUCCGGGAAAGUAGGAGAGUCGUCACUGACCCCAAGGAACUGAAAUUCUGUGUCCAAGACCUCAGUGACCAGCUCCUUGAAGUGGUGGGGCUGGAGGGAGCCAUGGAGAUGGGGCAGAUCUACACUGGCCUGAAGAGUGCGGGCAGGAGGCUGGCCCAGUGCUCCUCUGUCAUCAUCAGAACAAACAAGCUGCUGCCCAUGCAAGUGGAUGGAGAGCCCUGGAUGCAGCCACCUUGCACGAUUAAAAUUACUCACAAGAAUCAAGCGCCUAUGAUGAUGGGGCCUCCCCAGAAGAGCAGCUUCUUUUCACUGAGGAGGAAGAGCCGUUCAAAAGACUAAAUAAUAUGCCAAACGCCAGUUAAACCAAGAGAGAAAACAAGAGACUAUAACACACACACACACACACACACAUGCACACACACGCACACACAUGCACACUCAUCUCUAACCGGUGGAAGCAAAGCCACCCAUCAGGAAGAAAUCUUCAUCUUGCUGUACAUUCUGUCUACUUCAACAAUGGGCACACCCAGCAGAGCCAGUACCAAUGAAAAUUUUGAAUGGACUUAGGGCCUGCCAGGGUGUGGUUGGCUCAUAUGGCAACCUCCACAUUCCCAGAAGGCCCUGAGACUGAAGGAGAAAUCCCCCUCUCUUCCCACCAGUCGUGUAAGUUCCCUCAUGGACGCUCACAAGAAGCAGGCUGCAGGUUUCCUGCCUGGUGAGAUCGGAUGUGGCCAGGGAAAAGAGCUCCCAUUCCAGAGAAUUUACACAAAGGUCCCUCUGUACAGAGACAAACGGCCUCCAACUCUCAGAGCAUAGCCCUUGGCAGGGCUCAGCAAGCGCACGUUGGUUUCUUAGUUGUCCUUCAAGCAGCAGCGUCUCCCUGAACUUGCUGAGGAGGCAGAAAGGCUGUGGAAAGCUGUGUUUCCAUUCUUGGUUCUCCACACUGUCAGUGGGCACUUGUUAUUUUCCCAAAGUCUUCUUCUGGUGGCUGUGUGUUUGUUUAGAGACGGCUCCAAGAGCCCCCAGAGCUGCCUGCACAGCACACCUUAGAUGUGGUAUUUAUUUUCUUAGUUCUGUGAACACCUGGGAGGGAAAGCAGAGAAACUGGGAUUUAUUUUUCAAAUUGGUGUCAUAAUAUUGUGUAAAAAGGGAAGAAAAAAAAAAAAACCACCCCCAGUUUCUUUCUUUUUCAAGCCAAAGCGUGUUUCCUGUUUGAGUUCCAAGCCCUGGUGGCAGACUAUUCCUGAAGGCAGAGAAGAUGAGAAGGAAGGGCCUCUUGCUGAGAAGACCAGGAGACAAACCAUCAGGUGGUUCCCACCUGCCUCUUUGCACCUACUACUCCCAAAGUGUGACCUGAGGGCCCUUCUGAUGGUCUUAUGUGUGUGUGUACAUAUAUGUAGCAUAUAUAUUUAUAUAUACAUGUAUAUAUAAAUAUUUAUUUACUGAUGGACUUUUCCUGAUUUGGGAAAAAAAAAUAUGUAGAAUAGGAACAGAAAGUGGGAAAGAAAAAGAAGGUUCUUACUCCCCCAUUCCACCAUUUCAUUGUCAAGACACAUUUCCCCAUGGUGAUCAUGAGAUUUAAGGGAAAUGAAAGUAGCUUCUUAUUGUAAAGAGACUGAGAAUUCCUAUUCUGGAUUCUCAAAAGAGCCAUGAAAGAUAUACUGGACAGAAUUUACUCUCUCAUUUGCCAGAUAGAGACGAUGAGUCUCAGAAAAGUUAGGAGACCUGUCCAUGGCAUCUUAACUAAUGUGGUUUGGGAAUAGAUGCCAUUAAGAGGAUAUUUAUUAGAAAAAAGAACCCACGCGUCUUACAAUAGGGUCAUUUCUGGUCACUGAGAAAUUGUUCCAUUCGAAUCCAGGUUUCCAGGGAAGAAUGAAUGUGUAGCACAUGUAUGGAUGGGACAGGCCCACACAAGAAAAUGAGGGCCUCAUGAUGCUUCCAGAGAUUCUUUCUGGCCUGAACUGGUAAGAAGUUGGUCGAGGUUGAAGGCACUAGACAGAUCACCAGAUUAAACUCUCCACAUGUCAGCUCAUCAUGGUCAUCAUGGCCGCUUAGCUUGGAAACACCUCUGGCUGCAGGGAUGACCUCAAUGGAGACUCACAAGGACCAAGGCACAUUCUGCAAGGUGCUGCCACCCAGCACCUGGAGGGGUCUCGGCAGAGCCCAGUGGGCUUUAUGCAGCUGGUGCCAGCAUUACCCUCCUUUCCCGAGGGCAAGUCUGUAUAGAGCUUCAUUAGUAGGCAGAAACAUUUGCCUUGGCACCUUUGCUCCAUUGGACCUCCAUCCCCUCUGAGAUUUCUUGAAAGGAAACUUGGGCCCACUCGACAUUACUCCACUGAGCCCUCUCUAAUCUUGCACUGAGUCAGGAGCUUUGCACAAGGAAGGGAAAUUAAGAUUGUGUGUACACAUUGAUCCUGACUCUGAAGGAAGCAGUCAUCUAGGACCAUCCUGCUGGACCUAACAGUGCGAAACCGGUGGGUGAGGGGAAAUCCAGGCCACCUGAAGAAUGUCCUGAAUGAUGAGAUCCUUGGUGAUGGGACGGACCAACAAGCUCCAGAAUAACAACAGGUACUAUCUUGGAAGCCACUUGAUUUUGAAACAAAAGCAGGUUCAGAUUUGAGGUCACUGGUUCUGAGACAUUGACAGAAGUUUUGGCAUGUGUUUUGACCCCGAUUGCCCAAGAUUGAGGCUCUUGGGAUGUGACCCUAUGCCCAGGUGAAACUGAGUCUCAGAGAUCCACAAGGCAGAGUGGCCGCUGCCUGUUCUAGUCUGGUGCAUAGGACUUGCAGUGUUGCUUGAGAGACAUAACCCUAGAGCCACUGAGUAUAACAAAGCAGUGGAAUUGCACUUCCAAUUUGGUAACCUCAGUAAGUCUAGUGUUGUUGUGUAGUGUGAUAAUUGCAACUCAUUCCUUAGCUCCUGUGACCAGGAGAGUCUUCUUCCUGUAGAGUACCUCACCAUAGUGGGCCUUCCAGCAAUUUCAGAGGUUGAUGGAGAAGGUAUUAAUUUCCCAAUAUUAAUAAUGAGACAAUGAGGCUUAAUGAGGGUUCGAGGACUUCCCAAAGUCCACACAGUUAGGCAAUCAGAGCAGAAUCCCAUCCCUUAGUUACCCUUCAUCCUAUUCUGAUUGUGACCAUGCCACAGACAUGUUCUCACCUGCCCCCACGGUUCUACCCCACCAGCAAUAAAAAUAAUUAAAAACAGAAAAUCUUCAAUACGCUGUGUUGUCCCUGGACUAUUGAGCUGAGAGUUGCAUCUCAUUAUGGCUUGGUCUUUGUGGAUUUCCUCCAGUGAGUUGAGAAUGGAGAUAGGCUUAGUAGAAUGAUUAUAUUUCAGGUCAGAGACCAGCUCCUCUCAAGAUAGUUCUUUCCACAGAUGGAAAAGAUAUGUUAAAAUUGCCAAAUAAAUUAGGAAAUACUUGGCAGAAUCUGGAAGAGCCUCCAGACUGGCGUUACAUAACAUGCAUAUACAUUAUACAUAUGCACAUUAUAUAAGGUGACAUAGUACUUAAUGUGCUGUAUAUAUUAUGCAAAUUACAUAUUUGUGAGUAAUCAUGAUAAAUAUAGAGACCCACUAAUCACUUUUUUACACAUACUCAGUGACAGAUUAGGAAGUUACUUUGCCAGAGAGUCUUAAAACUUACUCUCUCCUGCUGCUUUGGUUCCAAUUCCUGACAAAAAUAAUUGCAUCAACUUUUCCCAUCUCUAGCCCCCUCUCCUCUUGGCCAAAACCCUCUGUUACCUCCUGUCCCAGCUAGGCUGUACCUUCCGUGGAACACACCACAAUUGGGUCCAUAAAAAUAGAAUCAUGGGAAUGGGAAGGAUCUAGACUUCCAGAUUCCCCUAUGUCCCAGGCCUACACCUCAACAUUCCCAGGCAAGUGGGUGCCUAAUGUUAAUAUCAAAGGGAGAGAGGAAGGGAAGGAGGAAGAGUCUACCAGCCCUCCAAGGAAGGAAACUUCAUAGUGCUCCUUAGCCACCAGUUCCAGGAUCCAACAAUAACCAAUCAGGAAGUUAUUUCAAAUGUCUAAGUCCCCACAGCAUAUCUGAGACCAUAAUUUCCUAAGAUGUGUUUCACAAAAUGUUAGUAGUCAUAAAAUGCUACAUGAAAACAGAGUUCUGUGAUCAAGUACUAGCUCCCUUUCUAGGAGAGACAUUGAAAGGCUUAACUCUGAGAAUUCGCCUUAAAGAAUCGUAGUGUCUUUUAUUUGUCUGUCAACAUCUGUAGAUUAGCAACACUGCCUUAUGCCCACCAUUUCUUCUUUUUGUUCUCAGUGGAGAUAGGAACACGCAAGUAAAUGUCUUCAGCAAUAAUAUUCCAAAAAGUACUUCUCUAGGACAAGGAGUCUCCAUUCUUAAGACACUCUUUAAUUUCUUCUAUGUGACUGUUUAACUAUUUUUAAUGUUUCCCUCUACAUGUCUUCAAGCAAGAAUCAAGGAUCUGGACUCUCUGCUUCCUCAGGGGUCAGGAGGAAGGGACUAGAAUAUGUGAUAGCUGCCAGGGGUCAGACUUCAUCUGUGUAGCUCCAGAGAACAGAACCAGGUCUGAACAGCACAGUUAUAGAGAGGUUGAUUUAUAUUCAAUUUAAUGACUGCUUUUGGAACUGGCCAAAUAUGGAAGAGGCUGCUUUCUGGGGGAAUGAAAAGUUACCCACUCUUACAGGAUGAGCCUCGACCUGGUUGGGUGGGGAACAAGCAAUGAUAGAUCUACCUUGUCCAAGAAGCUGUUGAAAUAAUUCAGAAUCUGUUACUUUCUUUUGAAUAUCAUACCUCAGUGUCCCUUGUUUUCUGAAAGAAUGAAAAUGACUCCCAGAGAGAUUUCUGGAUCAGUGGGUACUAGACAAUUAGACCCCAUCUAAUACAUGGCAGGAUUGACCAGAAUCAAUCACUGAUAUCCUCUGAGGACAGCUAGUGGUGGUGAUCUCCCCUCAGUAGCUUGGAGAGUUAAAGGAAUGAGGUACAGUAUUCAGACCAAAAGAGUUUCUGCCUUUCUGUCAGGGUCCAUAUUGACAGUGUGGAACUCAUCUAGUCACAAACAUCAGACCUGCAGCUGACUUGUGAUAACAUGGAAAAAGAAACCAUCACACAUCUCAAAUAUUAAUCAAGUUUUAGAUAAAACAAGAGAGCAGAAUUGUCUGGAAUUUCCCAUGGAGCCAUUGUUUGUAUCUCACCUUGACGUCCUAUCAUGUUAGAGUACAUCUUUCAACUUUCUACUAUAGAGAGAAAACAGGAAAAGGAGAGAGGAAAGGGAAUUCCCAUUUAUUGCUUACUGGAUACAAGGCACCAUGUCAAGGUCUUUUCAUGCGGUGUCCCAUUAUUCCUCAGAACAGCCUAUGAUACAGGCAUUGUACUUAUGUCACAGGUAAAGGAAUUAGUGCAUAGAAAGGUGAAGUACCUUGUCCAAGGUCAAACAGAUAGUAAGUAGUAACAGCGAACACUUGACAUGGAUCUGUCUCACCAAAAUGUAUGCUUUUUCUACUAGACUUUAGUGCUUUUAACAUUCUUGUCUAUUUCCAACCCUACCAUCAUUCUGGGUGAGAUUACACAGCAUUGGCAAAUGGAUCUAUCAGGUCCACCUCUGUUUAGCCAUCUCAUCAUGUUCCUACUGAAGAACUUCCAGUGCUUGUUCACAGUUAAAGUCAACAGACUCCUUGGACAGCUGGAACCCCAAACCUCAACUUUGAAAUCAAAUUGGCAGCCAAAACUUCAUCUUCAAUGUUUCAGAUUCUAGCUGAAUGGGAGUCAUUCCCCCGGGCUACCUAAUAGAUUUUCUGUUCAACUCUGUGAGUGGGAGAGCAGCAAGCAGCCUUCUCAGAUAUAAAUGCCACGGUCAACGGUGCCUGGCCUGCAUGGGGAAGGAGGGGUGGGGUUGUUGAAGGGAGCCUCCCCACAAGAAGGCUCUGCAUGUGAUCCUCAUUAGUGAUAGGCGUGGGCUGGGCCAUCUGUAUUCCACAGGAGAACAGAAUGGCAGGCUGCCUUUCAGAUGCCAAGAGAAGCUAUCUAAUGGGAAGAUCCAGAGAGCUCAAAAAGCAGACAGGCAUCUUUCCUCACGGGAAUCUCUGUGGGAAACCAGGGACACAGAAAACCAAGGGUUUGGGGAAAUUAAUGGCUCAACUUGCUGGGCACCCACCCUGGCUACCACUUCAUUCUUUAUGCCCGUGGCGCAGGCAAGUGUAGCCCUGCAGCCUCAUUUGCUAGCUGAACUCUCUUAGAUGGAGCCCACAAUGAACCGACGUUAUCCUGAAAUCUGUGGCCACAAUGGCAGGUGCAUUAGAGCAAGGCACCAGUUUUCAGUUAAGCCUUCGAGCCUCCCAAGGGUCAGGAAACACUGCAGCUAGGAGAGACCAUGUGAUUGGAUACCCAAGGCGGAUUCUAGAGAAAUAAUCAGAAAACAUGAGGACAACUCUAAAUGCUCCAAAUUAGGAAAAUGCAAGUUGGACUCAAAGAAGAGAACAUAGAACCCAGCAUCAUGCAUGUAGUAGGUAAUGAAUAAAUAUUUGUUAAAUGAAUGAAUAGCUAAAGUGGGUAUCUGUCCUUCUAUCCUGGAAUGAGUAGGGGAAGGGGAGGUAGAGGCGAUGAAAGCUUUUUAACUAACAACUCGGGAACUUGAAACCACAGGAUAUAGAGGGAGCUCAUGGGGGCCUCUAACUACCCAGACAUCUGUUGAAUGAUGGACACAGCUAAAUAUGGAUCAUCAGAGGGCUUUCUAGGUCACAUGGAGGGCAGUUUCAUGAUUCAGAAAAUAUGAAAUUCAACUUGGAUAGAAAGACAGAAAUAUUUGCAAUCUACUUCUUAGCCAUCAGGUCAGAAUGGGCAAAAGAAUAAAAAGGCGGCACAGAAGUAGAGUUACAACACAGUAAGAGAUCGGCAUAAUAAGGUACAGAUUCAAGAGAUGAAAAGACAUGGAGAACUGGAUUUUUUUUUUAGCAGAUUUAUUUGGACAAGGGAGCUGAGCACUGUAGUUCAAAAAUGAAAGAAAGGACAAGUCUUUUUUAUUUUUAAGCAGCUUAAAGUUGAGUUAAUGUAAUAUGGAUGUGUCCAGGCAUUAAUGAAACUUUAGUAAAUAACUAUCAUUUAUUGUGUGGUCCAAAACCUAUUACUUUUAUGACCACCGUUAACCUCACAGGAAACCUUAUGAAGUUGGCAGUAUACAGUUCCCUACCUGACAAACAAGGAAACUGAGAAAAAGAGCAGAUCUCACAGCGGCAGAUCCAGGAUUCAGAUCUAUCAGAAUUUGCCUUCAAAGCCAUGCCUGUCCCCGCAGUGCCAUUGUGGAUUCCUCUGAGCUUCAGGCACAGUGGCAGGCCUUAUUACCCCCCAAUCGAUCCCAUGUGCACAACUUCCUGACUUCCUUCUCGAAGUGGAAACCCAAGUCCACAAAGCUGGAGAGGUAAACAGCACUCAUCCGGAGAACCGUAGAGGCCCAUUGAGAAGGAGCCCAUCUGGGCUGCAGAAGGCACACGCACACCUUACCCUCCCCUUUUCUAAGGCCCUCUCCCCAAGGUGCCAGCUGGGCCUCGUUUUAGGACCUCGCUCAGAUGACAGGCAGUCAACCAUAGACAGCUGGCAAAGACUUCACCUGAUUAGGGUGUUCACAUAAUACGAAAGAUCUGUCUUAAAGGAUACAGAGACCAUAUUAAGAAUGAGGAGCAAGUGAAAUGAGGUCAGGUAGUCAAACAUCAGAAUUCAGCAAAGGAUACAUAAAGGUGGAACAGAGAUCCGAAACAUCCUUUUAAAAAUCUGUUGGAAAAAUCUGAAUUUGGGAUAAAAAGACUGCUUCUAGAAUGAUGCAAAAAAAUUUUUGAACUUUUUCCUUUCCCCAAAAAACACAAAAAAUCCUUUUAAAAAUGGAAUCUUAGCAAGAAUUACAAGGUGAGGAUUCAUAAAAUGGUAAUUUAUUUUUUCCUUAGGACAAAAGGAAACGAAUUUCUAAACCUCACAAUAUAAAUGACAAUCCAGAAAAAGACUCCAGGAAGUGUGUGUUUUUUGUUGAGGGAAUAAAUAUCAGUACUUUCAAAGUAA